AUGGCGGAAGAGCCACUGGUCAAUGGGCUGCAUACACCUCAAACUCCAAAACCACACGGCCUUUCCAUGACAGAAUAUGCUUCAAAUCCUUCACCGCCCUCCGAAAGAGUUCAUAAACGAGCCGAGGUUCUCUCUCAGAUUCCUGCCGAGUAUCUUCUGCCAAAUGGCUGGCCGGACUACCUGCGACUCAUACUUACUUCUCGUGUGUACGAUGUAAUUGAGGAGACGAAGAUGUCUUAUGCUGUCAAUCUUUCUAACCGGCUUGAGUCGAGAGUAUUGCUGAAGCGAGAGGACCUGCUACCGGUGUUUUCGUUCAAGUUGCGUGGUGCAUAUAACAAGAUGGCACAUUUACCUCCUGAUGCUCGAUGGAAGGGUGUCAUUGCCUGUUCUGCUGGGAAUCAUGCCCAAGGAGUUGCUUACUCGGCAAGACACCUCAAGAUUCCGGCAACAAUCGUGAUGCCCAGCGGUACCCCGGCAAUCAAGCACAAGAAUGUCAGUAGAUUAGGCGGAGCUGUAGUGCUACAUGGCGCCGAUUUCGAUGCAGCAAAACAAGAAUGCCGUCGGCUCGAAAAGCUCCAUGGUCUUACUGACAUUCCACCGUUUGAUGAUCCCUAUGUGAUUGCUGGUCAGGGCACCAUUGGAUUGGAGAUUUUACGCCAAGCAUCAUUGCAGAACCUUGAAGCCAUAUUCUGCUGUGUGGGCGGAGGAGGUCUGAUAGCUGGGAUUGGAGUUUACGUGAAGAGAAUCGCUCCUCAUGUUAAAAUUGUUGGUGUUGAAGCCAAUGAUGCCUCCGCUAUGGCUCAAUCGCUGAUCAAGAGGAAGCGGGUUCUACUUCCUGAAGUGGGGCUCUUCGCCGAUGGUGCUGCGGUAAAAACGGUUGGGGAGGAGACUUUCCGCCUAUGUAUGGAAGUGGUAGAUGAAGUCAUUCUCGUCAGCACAGACGAAACCUGUGCAGCUAUCAAAGAUGUCUUUGAGGACACCAGAUCCAUUGUCGAGCCAGCUGGUGCACUCGCCUUGGCUGGCCUAAAGAAAUAUGUUGCUGCUCAUCCAUCGCCAGAUCCGAAACGAGAGCUGGUAGCAAUUGCUAGUGGAGCGAACAUGAAUUUCGAUCGGCUUCGGUUCGUCGCCGACCGUGCUGCGCUUGGUGAACAGAAAGAGGCUCUGUUGUUGGUAGAGAUACCAGAACGUCCUGGAUCAUUUGCGCAAUUAGUUGAAGCAAUUUUACCUCAAGCAGUCACAGAGUUCAGUUACAGAUACUCACAGACAAGUCCGGAAACUGCACACAUCAUGAUGAGCGUAUCUGUUACAGCAGCUUCGUCACGGGAAGCAGAAUUAUCAUCACUGUCUACGAGAUUGGCUUCCGAAGGUAUGACGAUGACGGAUAUUUCCACGGAUGAGCUGGCCAAAACACAUAUCCGGUACCUGGUUGGUGGACGAACCAAUGUCGCGGAUGAGAAAUUAUACAUGUUCGAAUUUCCAGAAAGACCUGGCGCUCUGGCCAAAUUCCUGACGACAUUGAAGCCUGGUCAGAACAUCAGUCUCUUUCACUACAGGAAUUAUGGUGGCGAUGUUGGUCGAGUAUUGGCUGGCAUCCAGUGUCCAGAGACUGAGAAGGCAGAGCUGGAGGAUUUCCUAAAGAAGUUAGGAUAUCCCUGCAGAGAGUGCAGCGAUAGUGCGAUAUAUAAAAUCUUCCUUAAGGACCAACAGAGGUGCUCCUGA